GCGUGCGGACACCCGUCUUUCUUCGAAACGCUUCUGCUCGCGGGGACCGGGUACCAGAGGCGCGUACUGCCCGGUUGUUGUUUUUUUUUCUUUAUCAUUAUAUAUUGAAAAUACUGUGAUGUGCAACGUGUGAACAAUUUCUCGACUGGAGUGCGCGUUUACCGAAGGACUAAAAUCGUAGGAUAGUCGUAGUUUACCAAGGAUCUUAUAUUUCUUACAAAAUAAAAAAAUUUUUCCAUUAUGGCGUCCACAACGCGGUGUGUCGUGCUCACCGUGCUCACAGUUCUAUUGCUCAAGGAAAGUAAAUGUGAUGCACCACUAGCCGAUUCAGCAUCGCUUCCAUUGGAACACAGAGCAGUUUAUGGUCCACCCUUGUCAGGACCAGGAUAUGGCCCACCUUUGAUAGGCGGAGGUAGUGGAGGUGGCGGAGGAGGCGGCGGCGGCGGUGGUCAAGGUCCUGAUGAUCCUUGGCCUCUCGCCACGCCUGACAUGCCCAAAAUCAAACACUUGCAAGUUCAAUGUGAGAAGACCCACAUGAGGGUCAAUAUUGAAUUCGAUAGACCUUUCUACGGAAUGAUCUUCUCGAAGGGUUUCUAUAGUGACCCGCACUGUGUGCAUUUGAAACCUGGUACUGGUCAUUUGAGUGCUACGUUUGAGAUCUUGAAUAGUUGUGGUAUGUCUUCAUCGGCCAACCACAACGCUGCUAAUUAUGGAGGACCUACACCUAGUGGUUCCUAUGUUGAGAAUACCAUCAUUAUUCAGUAUGAUCCCUAUGUUCAGGAGGUGUGGGAUCAGGCUAGGAAGCUGCGAUGCACGUGGUAUGACUUCUAUGAGAAGGCGGUUACCUUCAGACCAUUCCAAGUUGAUAUGUUGCACGCUGUCACUGCGAACUUCCUCGGAGAUAAUCUCCAAUGCUGGAUGCAGAUCCAGGUUGGUAAGGGACCAUGGGCCUCUGAAGUUUCUGGUAUUGUGAAGAUUGGUCAGACUAUGACCAUGGUCCUAGCUAUCAAAGAUGACGAGAAUAAGUUUGAUAUGUUGGUGAGGAACUGUGUAGCUCAUGAUGGUAAACGUGCUCCUAUCCAAUUGGUUGAUCAAUAUGGUUGUGUAGUAAGACCUAAGAUCAUGAGCAAGUUCCAGAAGAUUAAGAACUUUGGACCUUCGGCGUCAGUAGUAUCAUUCGCCUACUUCCAAGCGUUCAAAUUCCCUGAUUCUAUGAAUGUGCACUUCCAAUGUGUGAUCCAAGUCUGUAGAUAUAACUGCCCAGAACCUAAGUGCGGCGGAGGUCAUGGUGGUAUUGAAGGAGGUUACGGCCCACCUGCAGGAGGUGACUUUGGAGGUGCUGGACAUCAAGAAUACGGACCACCUCCACUUCCUGAAUAUGGAGCACCUGCGGCUUUCCCAGAUCCAAGACAUCCUUCAGGACCAGCUGGAGCGUAUUCAGAAAAUAACCCGGAUGUAGUACCACCACCACAAGCUCAAACAGGUGCAGCAUCUUCAACAUCCAACCCACCAAAUGGACCUAGUCCAUCAUCACCACCUCCAGAACAUCAAAACGCACCUGGUAACCAGAAUGAUAUUCAUCUACCACCCCCACCACCACCAGGUCAUCGUGGAGUGUACCAAACAGUAAAGAGGAAGUCCACAGGUCAUUCUGAUGAAUUUGAAGGUAACCUGGCCACCUUAGGCGGCAGACCUAGAUCCGUAGAGAACCUACCAGCUGAAUUACAAGGAGUACGUCGUAGACGUCACACCGAUGGUCAAACCAUGACGGUAACAGUCAGUAGAGUCUACAAACGUGAAGCCCAAGAGAUGACAGAUGUCAACACCUCAAGAAUCAUCCAAGUGGUAGCACCAGGAGAUGUAAACUUCGCCCUGAACUCCCAGGCGAGUAAUGAAACCGUCGUCAUCCAAUCAGCGUCCAGUGCUGACCCGGAAACUAUCUGCAUGUCGGUACCAAGUUUCGUCGCAGGACUAGUCAUGCUCCUUCUGGUACUCAUCGUUGCUUCUCUGGUGGCAGCCUUCUUGUUCGUGCGGGUACGCGCCAUCGACCGCAAGGGCGCCGCCGCCUUCAUGAGUGCGCGCGCGUACGACAACUCCGAGUUCGUGAAAGUGGCCAACUGAGAGGGCGCCACCCAUCUACACCACAAUCCAAGAAUUAUAAAAAAGAAAAAACGAGACAUUUGAUGCUGAUGACGGUGUCAUCACGAAGGUUCCAAAGAUGUUCAGGUUAAGCGAGUGCGUGACACGCGAGAAAUCAUCCGUUUUUUUGACAACGCUCUUAAUUUCACCACCCCACACACAACUACACUAUUUAUUUAUUACACAAGACACCCCCUACCCUCUCCCGCAACUUCUUGCACAAUAUUAGCGCAUUAUUAUUUAUGGAGUAUUAGCCUAACCUCAUUGUAGUACAUCCUAACCUCAUUUAUCACUCGUGCUUGCGACGCAAGCUUGCUGCGCAUGAGCGCGUCGCAAGCAUGAUUCUUAUUUAUUAUAUUCUGCACCAACAUCACACAUUUACACACACACACACAAACAACACGAGGAGAACAACGAAUAUUUGUCUCUAAGUUAUUUUUUUAUAUUAAUAAAUUAAUAUCGUUAUUUAUAAAUCAAUCGAAACAUCGAAACACGAAAUGUGUGUUAAAUGCGAAACACAUACACGAUUGCGGCGCGCGCUGAAUAAAUCAAGAGAGAAACAGAUGAAGAAGAAGAAGAAGAAGAGACAUGAGAGAAAUUCCUACCCGGAGGCCGCUCCACUGCCCCACAUCUCGAACGCCAUCGCGCGGAGCCGCAAACGACAACUAGUCUCAUAGUUAGGAUGUAGACCACAUGUAAAUAAGUGUGUAUCGAAACGCUCGACGGCGAGAAGAAGUAAAGAAAAAGAAUUUACAAGUUUCUGGGUGUUGAAACAAAAGAACGCGCCGCCAUAUUGCGUGCGCGUCUUCCGUCUUUUGUUCGCUUUUUGUUUACAUGUGUUUUGCUGACGCCGAGUGAUAUAAUCUUAUUGCAUAGCCAUAACGCUUUAAACAAGUUAAACAAGACGAAAACGAAACGAUUCAAAAUAUUAAAAUUAAUCAUUCGAAAAAUAAAAUGAAUAUAUAAAUAUUAAGAUUGAUAACGAUGCGAUUUUCAUUUAUUUCUAUAGUUAGGAGAUUUUUGGCUGUUGGUGUUUUUUGGUGGCACAGGUGUCUUUUUGUUCGGUUUGUUUCGAAAACAGUUUUUGGAAGCACCUGACCGCGACCGCGAACAUUUUUGACCAGCGCACACGUCUGUUACGACGUGAAGCCGACCGAAUCGAGUCGGGCGAUACACAUGAGAAGCAAAGUAGUUCAAUAUAUGUAAUCAAUUAAGCGAAGAAACAGAAACAAUUUCAAAUCACACACACAAACACGAUUCGUACUCGAAUGCGAGUAUGAAAAACUUUUUUUUCCAUCGAUAUACCUAAUAUUUUUUUGUUUGUUUGUUUCUUUGUAAACACGCGCUAAAAUGUACUGUAUUAUAACAAUUUUUUAUUUAUUAAUGUAAAUAAUUUCAUGCCUUAAUUAGGAGUAUAAAAUAAAGUAAUUUACGGUCAUCCAA